AUGCUAUUAUGUCCUUGUCUCGUCAUUUUCUUACGGGUUGCCCUUUCUUCCUUUUAUGGCUCGUUAAGUGCAGCGUACAACGCCUUAUUGGACUUCGGCCCAGCCAAUUUCUUCCUGCUAUACGCUCCAAGGCCGGAUUUCAAAGUGACGCUUGGAUAUGGAGUUUGGAUAUUGCUCCAGGUGGCUCUCUAUCAAUUCCUUCCCAGCAAAUUGAGCACUGGACAAUUGACUCCGGCCGGGAAUCUCCUCAAAUACCGGACGAAUGGUUUGCUGGCUUGGAUCAUCACUCAUGUUCUGUUCCUCACACUGUCUAUCUUUGGUUUUCUUGAUCCAGCGAUUCUUGCAAGGCACUGGGAGGCACUUCUCGUCACGGCAAACAUAGCUGGGUUUCUCCUCACGGGAUUGGCUUAUGCAAAAGCUCAUCUAAGUCCAACUCACGAGAAGGAUCGAAAGUUCAGUGGUUCUAUCAUGUACGACGUGUACAUGGGAAUUGAGCUUAAUCCUAGGAUUGGGAAAUAUUUUGAUUUCAAAUUAUUCACAAACGGCCGCCCUGGCAUUGUUGCGUGGACUCUGAUCGACUUCUCAUUCAUUGCCUAUCAAUACCAAACCCAUGGGUACAUCACCAAAUCAAUCUUGGUCUCUACCAUUCUUCAUACCAUAUAUGUGGUAGACUUUUUCAUCAACGAAGAUUGGUAUCUUCGGACCAUCGAUAUUUGCCAUGAUCACUUCGGAUUCUAUCUCGCAUGGGGAUCCCUUGUCUGGCUCCCGGCUGUCUACACCCUUCAAACCCAGUACCUCGCCAGAAAUCCAAUCCUAUGGUCGAACUUCCAAGCAGCAGCAAUCCUUAUCACAGGAAUCGGCGGUUAUAUCCUCUUCCGCUCCGUCAACCACCAAAAAGACCUAGUUCGCAGAACGAAAGGGAUCUGUAACCUCUGGGGGGCCCCGGCCAAGGUCCUCCGUGUCAAGUAUCAGACCAACGAUGGAUUGGAGCACGACUCCCUGCUCUUGUUCUCUGGCUGGUGGGGCUUGGCGAGACAUGUGAAUUACCUCGGCGAUCUCAUAUUGUCAUACUCGAUGUGUGCUACUUGUGGAUUCACGCAUUUGCUACCUUGGACCUACGCGAUUUUCAUGACCAUUCUGCUUAUUCAUCGCUGCUGGAGGGAUGAGGAAAGGUGCUCGAAGAAGUAUGGAAAGGGAUGGGAGGAGUAUUGUAAGAGGGUUCGGUGGGUUAUUGUUCCUGGUAUCUAUUGA